AUGGCAUUAAACGUUUUGCUGGUGCUUGCAUUCAACGUCCGAAUCGACCAACUCCCAAAACUCGACAAGUACUACGGGAUGGUCAUUUUCCCAUCGACAAUUAUAUCAGCUGCUGUAGCAGCUCACGCAGGAGUCUACGGGAAUUCGACGCUGUGGUGCUGGAUUAUGCCCGCUUACGGCGAUCUACGUCUCCUGCUCUUCUACGGGCCUCUCUGGAUUAUGUUUGCAUUCAAUCUCGCAGUCUACCUAUGGAUUGGAUGGACCUUAUACAAGUCGCAGAACUCAUUGAGACUUAGCCUUGCAAAGCCUGAUGUAGGGAUCAAUUCGUAUUUUACUGCUACUGUAAAUGGUCGGAACUCGGUUGACUCUACUAUGAUGGGGCAAGGACAUACUGCAAUUAAUAUGCCUCGACGAGGGUCGGCUAUUGAUAGAGUACGAGAGUCAUCAUUUUCAAAAACGGGUUCUAUUCGACGUCCCAGUGUUGAUACUCGUAGCAGACGGCGUAGCAGUGUAGCUGAGGCUCAAAAUAACGACUCACGAGAUCGGAUAAGGAGGUAUACGUCCAAGGUGGCUCUUUUUAUAGUUGGAUUCUUCAUCACAUUUGCUCCAGCAAGCUUGAACCGUAUUUUAAACCUCUUGGGGAUUAGUCAGUAUGGAUUUUUCCUUGCCCAGGCUCUAACUGAACCAUUGUCUGGACUGACCACCACAAUCAUAUACUUCAAUCGAGUAUGGACGAGGAAGAGUCAGCCAGGAUCAUUCUUAAAACCUCCUUCAAAAGAAAAAUCUGUAAAUGCCAGAGUGACACCACCUGUUAUUCUACUUGCAACAGCUGAGUGUUCGGAGGCAUGA